AUGCUGGAUUCUAUUAACCCACCUACAUCGCCAAUUUAUACUGAAUCAAGUGCAGGAACACCUCUUCCAUCAUCACAACCGGAUUAUUAUCAUGAUCAAGAGCAAGAGCCACUACUGAAAAAGCUAAAACGCAACUCGCCAGAAACAGAGAAUGAAACACCACUGGGGGCAAAUACUGGAGGUGCAACGACUCCCCAGCCAUCAUCUAGCAAUGCACAACAAGCACCAAAGAAACUGAGUGCAGAAGCAUUAAAACGCCGUAGAGAAAACCGUCAAAGAGCUGCUGCAGCUUUGGCCCAAAAUUUGAAAAAUUCUGGUGUUGGACGCUUUGAACAAGAGAAUGGAUUUGGAUUGACCAGUGUUCGGACUAUACCAUUAAUCAAUCAGAAAAACUACUUCACUGAGUAUUUAAAGAAAGAUGAGCAAGUUGGGUUCAUUAGAAACUGGCGUUUUGAACGUGAUUUGGCAACAAAAUUGAAAAAGUUGAAGCAAAGCGGAGGCAGUUUGGAAGAGUUGAAAAAGUUGGAGGAAACGAAAAAUUUUGAUGACUUUGAUUUAAAGAAUAUUGAAAAUGAAUUGAAACUGAAAAACGGUGGUGUUACUGCAGUGGCAGAUGAUGAUGAAGAGGAAGAUGAUGAAGGGGAAAAUGAGACGGAGGAGGUUCGACAAGAGAAGGCAAGAAUUGGUGAAGAUGUUGUUGUAUUGCAACCAGGGUCAGCCUAUAUUCGCAUUGGUCGUGCUACUGAUGCCGUACCAAGGGUGAUUCCGAAUGUAAUUGCUGUAAAGACAAGUCAAGACUCUCCUGAACCUGAAAUUUUGCCACAUAGACAUGCUGAUGGAGAUAAAGUGGUUAUUGACGAUGAUUUUGAACAACAGCGGUUUACAGUUUCAAAAGAUUUCCGGGCCAGAAUGAGAUACUACAAACGAAGGAUAUUGCCCAAUUCACGAGAAACAGUGGCAAACUACAACAGAAAACAAGAGCCUGAAGUUAUAGCCGACCAUAAUGACCCCAAUAAAAAGGAAUGGAUUACUCCGGAUCCUGGACGCACUUACUAUACCGGGGACGAUGCAUUAGCAUUGAAAUUAGAACCCGAAUGGAAGCUACGUUACCCAAUGAUCAACUCCAAUUUCAAUGAAUACUGUCCAGACUAUAAAUCACGUCAAGAUUUAUUGGGUGAUUUGGUACAUAUAAUAGAAGAUGCUCUACAAAAGAUGGAAAUCUCCAAUCUAGCAAGUUUGAAGAUCAUGUUGAUCAUACCUGAUCUAUACGAUAAGGCGUAUGUGGAAACUUGGUGUGAUUUGUUACUACGCUUUAUUGGCUUUGGUAAAAUUGGUAUUCUUCAAGAAGCAGUUGCAGCUACCUUUGGUGCUGGUGCAUCAACUGCAUGUAUAGUUGACGUUGGGGCUCAUACCACAAAGGUUAGCUGUGUCGAUGAAGGAAUGAUUAUUAAUGAUUCAAGGGUCCUGUUAAAUUAUGGUGGCGACAAUAUCACUGAAACAUUUGUAAAAUUGAUGUUGGAAAAUUGGUUUCCAUAUCGUGAUAUCAACGUGGCUAAUUCGUAUGACUGGCAAUUGGCUCAAUCUUUGAAGGAGAAUUUUAUCACAUUUCAAGAUGCUGACAUUGCAGUGCAGUUGUACAAUUUUUAUAAAAGAAACCCAUUCAAAUCGACUGAAAAGUACGAAUUUAAAGUUUUCGAUGAGGUUAUGUUAGCGCCAAUGGGACUAUUCUUUCCUGGAUUAUUCCAAUCCACCAACAGCCCUUCGUUGAAUAGCUCUACCGAGCCACAAAAUUUAACCUUGAAACAUUUAUUUUUACAAGCCUUGGAUCAAUACACUGGUAAACCUAAUAACCCCGUCAGCAAAAGCCAAACCAAAUUGAAAACGAGUUUAAAUUAUUGUGACUUAGAUGAGCAGCAACUACUUAUGAAAUUGGUUGAGGCUGAUGAUGAGGGAUACACUGAUGGUGCACUUCAUGAUGUCCCACUAGAAAAAGCUAUUGUUGAAUCAAUAACCAAUGCAGCAUUGUCGUGUGGUGAUUUAACCAAAAUGAAGAAAUUUUAUGACAACAUCUUGAUUGUGGGUGGUGGAUUGGCCAACAUCAACGGUUACGAUCUUAUUCUCACAGACAGGUUGAAUAUUUGGAGACCUCGUGUGUUAUCAACAACAUCAUUUGAAUCAGUAAUUGACUACCUCAAGCAAUUGUUGAAUGAUGCAGUUAACCAAGCAAAACAAGCGUUACCCACAUCUGAAGAAACCAAUCAAGAGGUGGAGAUUGAAUUGUCACCAGACUCACUUGAUCUUAACCAUAUUGACCAACUUGUCAAUCAAGGUUCAAUACUCCCGAUUACGAUUUUACCAACACCACGUGAAUUUGAUCCGCUGAUGUUGACCUGGAAAGGUGGCUCUGUUUAUAGUCGGUUGAAAGUUGUUAAUGAAAUGUGGAUAAAUCAAAAGGAUUGGGAUUUGUUAGGAAGUCGAAGUUUAUACUAUAAGAGUAUAUUUAACUAUUGA